CAAGCUCCACCUACACCCACAGCUUCUCCUCCUCCAGUUAACACCCAAACGCCACCGGCUCAGCCACCCCCCACAGUUUCAUCCCCACCUCCUGUAGUAACUUCUCCACCACCAGCACCUCCUACUCCUACUGCUUCUCCUCCUCCACCAGUGAACUCUCCACCUCCUCCGGCAGCACCUUCACCUGCGCCACUUGCAUCAACUCCUGCUCCAGCUCCUGCGAAGAAAUUGACUUCUCCAGCACCAUCUCCUUUAGGAUUUAGUCCUCCCGCUGGAGCACCAGCCCUAGCCCCGAGUCUUGGAGCUUUAUCUCCUGCCCCUUCAGCUACUGAUCAGAGUGGAGUGGAGGGCCUGAAGAUGUCAACAAUUGUUGUGAAAAGCUUGGUCUUAGGAUGGGGUCUACUCUGCUUUCUAAUGUAGAGCUCUCUUUUCAUCCUGCAUCAUUUGUUUUAGUUUGCCUCUAUAUGUAUGAAUUGCUAUCUCUUUAUUUAGCUUAGGAUGAUGAUGAUGAUGGCCCAUUUCCUUGCCUGUACUUGGAUUAUAUAUUCACUUUGAUUUUUUUGGAGGAUCUUGUUAAGGGGAGCUUAAUUUUUGUAUUUUGAGAGGAUUGUAUUUUAAUUGAAGUUUCUAUAUAUUGUUUUA